GGAGGUCCUCCGAGUCGGAGGAAGAAUUCCGUUUCCAAUCCAGACGUCUUUACCCCAAAAAGACCAUUUGUGUGUGCAAGUCGUUUUUAAAUGUCUCCUCGUAGAAAAACUGAAAGUAGAAAGAAAGGAAGCAAUUUCCUAGCAGAUGUCUGACCACCCCUUCUCGCACACUCCCAGCAUCGGGUUACAGGGUCCUGGGAGCCCCCACCCCCACAUUCUGCAGCCCCACACGGGUGGACCCACAGACCCUCCACAGCAGCUUGUGCACAAUCCCUGAAAGCCCCACGGCACCCCGGGAGCCCCUCUCCUUGCACGUCCAGGCCCGGGGAGGAGGGGUGGGUAGCACUGCAACACAAUGAUGCAGGGAUAAAUAUUAAGCCGUGACAUUGACGUGCCCGGCACCUCCCCUCCCCCGCACUCCCGGCACACUCUGGGCUGCUCGGCACGCCCCCUCCCGUUCCACUGCGUCCCGCGCCGCGCGCUCAUCCCCGAGGGGCCCCUGCAACCUCUCCGCGCGAAGACGGCUCCAGCUCUGCAGGGAAAGAAAAGUAACUUCGCUUUUCUCGGAGGAACCAGGAAGGAUUAAGCAGCCUGGGAGAGGGCAGGAGUGCGCCGAGGGUGGAAGGAUUGUGGACUGAGACGCUCUGGGGCAGAGACUAUGUAAUCGCUUCGGUGUCUGUGCAGAAGACUGCGCUUCGGGGAGGGAAGAGGAGGGAUCGGCUCGCUCCUUGGCGACUCGGCAGGCGGAGUUUCGCGGCGGCACCGGGGUUGCGCCCGCCCGCGGGGAGGUCUCUCCAUCCAGCCCCAGCGGCCGCGAGAACCCGAGCGCCGGAGCGCGGUAGUCGGCGGGGGCGAGGGAGAGCGAGACCGAGCUCCGGGGCGCGAGGGAGCGGGCCGGGAGUCCGGGAAGAGGCGAGCGGCGGCCGCGAGCGAGCCGAGCGCGCCCCCCCCCGCCCACCCCAGCGGUGCCGCGCCGGGCGGCGUCCGGGCGGCAUGGAGAAGGACGGCCUGAGCCGCGCAGACCAGCAGUACGAGUGCGUGGCGGAGAUCGGGGAGGGCGCCUAUGGGAAGGUGUUCAAGGCCCGGGACCUGAAGAACGGAGGCCGUUUCGUGGCGCUGAAGCGCGUGCGGGUGCAGACGGGCGAGGAGGGCAUGCCGCUCUCUACCAUCCGCGAGGUGGCGGUGCUGAGGCACCUGGAGACCUUCGAGCACCCCAACGUGGUCAGGUUGUUUGAUGUAUGCACAGUGUCACGGACAGACAGAGAAACCAAACUGACAUUAGUGUUUGAACAUGUUGAUCAAGACUUGACCACUUACUUGGAUAAAGUCCCGGAGCCUGGAGUGCCCACUGAAACCAUAAAGGAUAUGAUGUUUCAGCUUCUCCGAGGUCUAGACUUUCUUCAUUCUCACCGAGUAGUGCAUCGUGAUCUAAAACCACAGAACAUUCUGGUGACCAGCAGUGGACAAAUAAAGCUGGCUGACUUCGGCCUUGCCCGCAUCUACAGUUUUCAGAUGGCUCUUACCUCAGUGGUCGUCACGCUGUGGUACAGAGCUCCAGAAGUCUUGCUUCAGUCCAGCUACGCCACCCCUGUGGACCUCUGGAGUGUUGGCUGCAUAUUUGCAGAAAUGUUUCGUAGAAAGCCUCUUUUUCGUGGAAGUUCAGAUGUCGAUCAGCUUGGAAAAAUCUUGGACGUCAUUGGACUCCCAGGAGAAGAGGACUGGCCUCGAGAUGUCGCCCUUCCCAGGCAGGCUUUUCACUCAAAAUCUCCUCAACCGAUUGAGAAGUUUGUAACAGAUAUUGAUGAACAAGGCAAAGACCUACUUCUGAAGUGCUUAACAUUUAAUCCAGCCAAAAGGAUAUCCGCCUACAGUGCCCUGUCUCACCCAUACUUCCAUGACCUGGAGAGGUGCAAGGAGAACCUGGAUGCCCAUCUGCCUCCCAGCCAGAACAGCUCAGAGAUGAAUACAGCCUGAGGUGCCGGCCGCUGCCUUGAGCUGAUCACCCCGAGAACACCCUUGGGGGCUGAUGGCCCCCCCACACCCUGAGUAAGCCCCAGCAGAGGUGCUGAGGAUCACUGGCUGGGGAUCUUCUAGUUGCCGUCUUCUGGACGGGCUCUGCUUCUCCAUGGAAACCACCUCGUGUACUGUUUUGAAAUCAAUGCAAGAAUGUUUGCAGCUUUAUGUUCGUUCGUUUGUUUGUCUGUCUGUUUGUUUGUUUCAAGAACCUGGAAAGAUUCCAGAAGAAGAGAAGCUGCUGACAAAUUGUGCUGCCAUUUCGUUUUUCUAACCUUGAAUGCUGCCAGUGUGAAGUGAGCAAUCCAGGCACAGCUGAGUUAUGAUGUAAUCUCCCUGCAGCUGCCCAAGCCUGAUUCGGUACUUUUGAGUGAGAAUGCGAGUGUGUGUGUGUGUGUGUGUGUGUGUGUGUGUGUGUGUGUGUGAGAUUCUUGUUCUCUUAAAGUGUUACUUUCUGUAAACAACAAGAAUAAUUGAAUUUUAAAGACUCAAAGUGACCUAUAAAUAACAGGUGUCUGUUGACUAAAGGUGAUUUACCAGAAUGGGCUUCUCAAAUUAGAAAGUUAAGCCUAUGUCCUCAGAAUUUCAUGGCCAAAAGCAGUAAAUUUGCUAGCAGUAAAAGGUUCACUAUCUAGAUGACGUUUUAUACACACAACAAAAGGGAAAAAAUGCUAGUAUCUUUUAAGAGACCUGUUUUUUAAAGCAUACAUUCUAUUUACUCUUCAAAAAGCUGAAUUUACUCAAUAUAAGUCCAUUUUAACCUGUAUUAUAUGCUUUAUUGUUUCUUUUGAAAAAUACCCUUUAAGCUUUUUCUUACUUGCUAUAGAUUUAGGGAGUGUACCUCAAAUAGGUAAAAUUGUCAAAAAAAAAUUAGAGAAGGCCUUUAUUUCCUGAUUUGAAAUCUAUUUCCUUUUUGGGUUUUGUUGUUACUUUGUUUUGUUUUUGAUUUUAGGAAUUUGUCAGAAACUGUUUCCUGUUUUAGUGUGGAGAGUAGUUCUCUCUGACAAGAGACAGGAAUACCAUUUAAGUUUUCCCUAUUACACUGUACUUUUUCUACCAUGCACUGCCUUGUUUGCAAAGUAUCCAUCUUAUCUAUCCCCCAGGGCCUCUAAUAUAUAUUACUGCCUUUACAUAACUAAUAACAGAUUGCUUAAGCUUUUCCCAUGCACCUCCUGCUUGCUUGCUUUCAAUGAACCUUUUGUAAAUAGUUAAGAUUCAGGUUGUGGUUUAUGGCUCCGAUUUCGCUAUCCUAACGGGGUCACUCCCCCCCCCCCCCCCGUAUGUUCUUGCUCUGAUGCGAUCUUCCUACCUGGCAUUCAUUGUUGUUACCUAGGCAGUGAAUAGAGGACGGUUCUUCUCUAUCACCAGCACAUAGAUUGCUUUAAACUGUUACUUAGUGUUCUACGAUUUUUUUUAGAAUAUAUUGUCAGUGUAGAAUCAGAGGGGAAUGUCUUUAACUAUUUUUUAGAAAUAUAUAUUUACUGUAUAAAAUGAUCUUUUCUCCAUCCUCCAGGCUGUGCUUGUUUCUAGUGCCUUGUGCAUACUCCUCUCUCUGCAGAGCCAGCCUGCCCUGGGCAUUGUGAACAGCUUUAUUUUUUUUCUCUUGCCGUUUUCUCUACUGUUCCUUAUAUUCCAAUGUCCUCUCUGCCUUCUAUGUGGUUAGUGCUGAAAGACACAGUGAUUAAGUACCUUUUUGGAAGUUUAGCUAUCUUUGCUUUCUGACUCAUGUUUUGAGUGCAUGCAACAGUUAGACCGCGUUUAGAGUUAGGGUUUUCAAAGAAUGAACAUUGCUUCCCUCAGUAGAAAAUGUUCCACAUGAUGUUUAUAUAUUGUCAGGCCUUCCUGAAUUCUUCACAGCUCAAUAUUUCUUAUACUACCAUCUUGAACAAGAGUAAAAUUAGGAGACCUUUCUCCUUGAAAGUUUUUUGGGGUGGGAAUUACUCUUUUUUAAUACAUAAUGUUGUUUAACAUUUUUCUAACUCGGUAACUUGAAGAGCAGGAUACGAAUGAGAAGAUGGGCCAUAAGAAUGUUCUACACUUUCUUCAUUGUUGACAGCAUUGAUUAUGUUUCGUCAUCACUGUAAAUGCUUGAGAUAUAAUGGAUCCAGAGAAUUCGGGGCGAUGUCUCCCCUGGAACAGUGAGUUCUGCCUUUCCUUUGAUCGGGGGUCAAAAUACAAAGACGUUUUUGCUGGGGCCUAGAAAUUGAAUUUUAAAACUUACUGCCCUGAUUCGUCAUGUGCUUUUUGGUUAGAGUGGACAUAACUUGAGUUUCUGCUUUUUUAAGUUUUUCACAAGUUCUCCCAAGAAAAAUGCAGCUGUUCUAAACUGGAAUUUUUCAGCAUUCUUGAGAAUUUUAAACAAGUAGAGAGCUUCACUUUAUUUCUAGCAUAUACUUUUGGGUCAUUUCUCGGUAGUGUUUAUGAAGAAAACUUAAAGCACAAACAUUUCCGCAUUGGAUACUUGGCAGAUUAUCCUUGGAGAGGCAGAAGGAGGGGGCACCUCGGCCUCUCUGAACUUGAGUCUGACCCCAGCGCGCCCAUCUGUAGUUCUUGUAGUUGAGUGGUUACCCUCUUGUUUUAUGGCUUUUCUAUCCGGGCGCACCAGUUCUGAAAUCCAGAUCCCACACCAGCAUCCUUGCCACUGGGGCACUGGGAAGCAUAUAGCAGCAUAGCAAUUCACUGAAUACAGCUUAUGCUUCUGUGACAGACGGUUUCAAACGUCUUUGCCAAAAGCGAAGGCGUGGUUAGCUGCAAAGGUCAUACGCCCCCAGGGUUAUACUGAAGCCGCUUAUAGCAGUAAAAAUCUGGGGUCAGAUUGAAAAUCCCAUUUGAGUCUCCUACCGAGGACUGGGGCUGGCAUGUGCCUGAUAGUUUCUACGUGGCAGUUGUUCUGGGGGCCCAGGCAAUGUGGGAACGGUUGUGCAGGCUGGAGUGGUAACAAUCCCAGACACCUGUCCAUUUCAGCAUCAUAAGCUAUCAUGGGGCAAAGGUAAUAAGGCCCUAAUGUGAUAACCUUAAAAACACAAUUUCCAAGAGCUUUUAAGAACCCAGUGCCUUGGCGCCUCCCACUUUGUCUCUCCUUUAAAGUGGAUAGGAACCCAAGAAGCAAAGAACCUGUUUUGGACAAGAGCUCCAAGCCUUUUCAUCCCUCUGUAUUCUCAUGAUUUUCUCUCAGGACUCAUACAGUAGGAAUGGCACACUCUUCAUUUAGCCCAAGGUGUCUUACUAAAAAUAGUUCAAAAUAUUUACCUAAGACUAGAAUCUCAGCCUUUACUUGUAAGUAAAAAUGAAAAUUUCAGAAUGCACGGGCUAUCUUAAAGAAGAUUUGUACCCCUUACUAAAGAUUUUAUCGUUUGACUCCAGAAUGUGGUACUAUCCAUCUUGAUGAAAAAAAGCCUAAAUAGUACCAAAUAUUUUGAACCUUAAAUUAUGUAUUGCAGUUGAGCUUUAGCUACCGCUGCUUCUCUUAAAAGCGGUGCCUAUUAAAGUCGGUAAUGGCAAUCCUCAUUCCUUUAUAGAAAUUAAAAUCAUGUAAGCUUCUAAUGUAAACAUAUUAAAAUUCUUCUCUUCAGAGAAUUGCUUCUUUUAAAUGACAACUGGACAAUUUUUAUGAUAAGCACACAAGAGAAUGUCUCACAUUUUCCAAAAGCAGUCUUUUGUUGCAUCGUUGGGUCUAGGAAAGAGUAAUAUUAAAAGUUAAUAAGCCACUGUAAUUACUUAAUUGUGUUAGUACAGAAACUAUAGAAUAUUUACCUUGGAAAGAAAAUGUUGAGACAUUAUAAAUUCUUAGGUAUUGAUAGAAUUCAGGAGAAUGCAUGUUUUACAUUGUGACACAUAAAAGCACUGUCUCUAUUUUGUAAAAAUAAGGAUGUGAUGUGAUUUCCAAAUCUUUUAAAGUCCUAAAACAGUGGACAAUGGAUAGAGGAAAUUCAGGAGAAAACGAAGGUAUUCAAAGAAGGAUAGUUUCAAAGUUAGAUAUAUUCUGAAGGAUGGAUGUUAACAAAUAUAUUGUAAGAAUUUAUAUUAAAGUCACCUGGCAACUAUGAAGUUGAUACGUUCAAAAACAUGUUUUUAUGGAAAAGCUGUUCCAAGCAGUUGCCAUUUCAGAUGUCGGCCUUCACAAACUCAAUCAUCCGUACUCCUUAUUUCAUGGGAGGAAGCAGCAACGUGAAGCUACCGUCUUUACACAAGUCUAAGAAUGGUCACUGUAAAAGUAUAUAUAUAUAUAUAUAUAUACUUAUUAAAUUUUAAAACGGCACAGAUUUCCUGUGCCACCAGGAUUUUUUGAAAAAUUGUGAAGCCCAAAUCAUGUGCAUCCAGUACAUUCAGAUGUAUGAUUAGAAACAUAGCUACGUGCUCCUUCCCCACCGUGGGAAAGCUUGAGGCUACCAAAAGCCUGUCCGGCAAUGUGAGCCCCCAGAUCAUUUGUUUUCCUCAAAAGCACAAGAAAAUAGCAUUUUCAUUUCUUACCAAUGCAGUUUGCAACGCAGUUGUGUUACAUACCUAUAUCUCAAGCAUUUCUAACUUGUACUUUUUCAGAAAAUAAACCAGAAUAUUCCUUUGGCCUUUUCUAUCUUCUGAUGUUUAUAUACAACAGGAAGGUAAAAGAGAAGGGGUCUGAUUUUUAACUGUGUGGGUUUUUUUCUUCAAUUAACUGUUUGUUUGUUUGUUUGUUUGUUUUAAUGAAGUAUGAAUCAGCUUUUCAAAAUGUUUUCUAUUUCUUAGCAUUCCCAGGGAGUUUAGAUAAAUGCAUGAACUUCCAUCGACCUAUGUGUGUUUCCCUGAUACUGGUGCUCUGGCCUUCAAGAAGAAAACAGGAGCCUCUUGAAAAUUAAUACAGGCUUUUUUUCAAGCAUCUACAUAAAUAUUAAUACAGCAGGUUGAAGGUUAUAUGGUAGGGAAGGGAAACGACUUUUCUUGCAGAUGUCGGUUUUAAAUUUCACACUGUCCUCGAAGACAUGGGCUUUCUUGUUUUAUUCCAGUGUAUUCCACAAGGUGGUGCUCUCAGAGGGGAGAAAAAAGUCUGAGCAACGCUAAAGAGGUACUUCUCAAGACUUCAUUCUAACUUUAUUUUUCUGCACAUAUUUUACUCUUGCUUAGCACUUGUUUGUUGGGAUGAUUAAGAGUCUUCCUAACACUCUGUAACCUGGGUAUUCUAGUUGUUCUCUGAAUAAUUGUCUGCAAGUGAGUUGUUCUUGAGAAUGGAUAGCACACUCAUUUUGAUCAUUUAAGUGCAUAAAGAGAGCCAAGACAUAGGUUUCAAGAAGCCUUUUUUUUUUUUUUUUCUUUUUUUGAGGUACCUAAUUACCUCACUCUCCUAGGUGCAGAAGUUACAAAGAUGGACGGGCUUACUAGUUAAAAGGCAGCACUCAUCUGUGACUAGGGUAGUUUUGUUAGGAGUAUAAAACCUCCAGUGGCCUCAGCCAAAAUACCUAUACCCCCGUCUGCUGUUUUCACAUUUCCUACCAUGAUGGUCUUUAGACAUUGACUAAAAUCUUAAAUCCUCAUUUAAAAAUCAGAUGAGUAAAAUAAGGAACAUUGGUAUUUAAGUAGGCAAAACUGGUUGUUUUGUUGUUUUUUUUUUCUGAAGAAAUGCCAUGCUGAAACAGAGCCCUUAAAUACCAAAAGACCUGGUCAUGUUUUACAUCUGUGUAAUCACAAGUGUAAAUUCACAAGAAAUGCUAAUUUUUAAAAAUCCUGUCCAAGCAUGUGAGCAUGAUAAUUUAGGAGUAUAUUUACAUAAAUCUUUCAUUUCUCCACUUGGGAAGUUCUUUGACUCUCUCUCUCUAUAUAUAUAUAGAUCCAUACACUCCUACAUUUUAAUUCACAGGUCUGCUCAGAGACUGAUCAUCCCCCAGAUGGUUUUAGUUAAUUUUAGAAGUCCUUUUCCUCAGUAAGUGUUACAGAAAUUUAGGAGGAAGGCAAUGAUAGUACUUUUCAGAGUUUCCUUAACACGGCGUAACAGAAGGCCGUUCAUUCCUUCGGAGUGGCAGAAACUCGAUAGUGCCUGCUUAACUUCCCUGCAGAGUAGCCGACAGGCAAGUCUCACGAAUUCAUUCUGAAUCAAAAUACCGUACACACUAGGGGCUGGCCAAAGCUCUCUGGGGACUCGUCGGCCUCAUCCCUCUGCUUAAAACCCCACCGAAGCUGAUUCUAAUUUAAGCCCCUAAAUGGAAGGCCGAUUCAGACCUCGAGUUUGUUAUCAGUUGGGCCAGUCUGAACUCUAUUUGCUCGUGGCCAACACCUGACGCCCACCUGAAAACCUUCUGGGUGCGCCGGCCCUUUGGCAGUAGAGUGGCAGUGGGCGGAGCUGGCUGAGACCCGCCCGCCGCUCACCUGGUGGUGCCUGAAACGUAGUACAGACCCGGCGGGAUGCUGUCCGAGGUCCAUGUGCCCUGCUGCUGUCUCAGAGGCAUCUGUUCUGCAGUCUUAGGAAGUGACAUGUCCCUAGAAGCAAAACGGGUGUCUUCUGUGCGUAAAUAAGUACAACACAGUUCUUUGAAAGUUCGGGUAUAAAGAGAUGCUGCUCUGUGUGAAGCGUCUACCAGGCAUCUCUCAAGCUCUAAGCUCAGCUUUUUUUUUUUUUUUUAAGAGAAGAUGUAUAAUUACAGGAAAGAUUGUUUAUUUUUUUAUUUUCUAUCAUUCUGCAUAUAUGAUGGCAAAAGAUGUGCGUGGAAAAGUUUUGUUUUGAAAAUUUAUUUUCUGCCUAGGCGAAAGCUCCUAACUUUCUAGUUUCUACUUUCUUCUUUCUCUUUUUUCUUUGUCAAAUAGUUAAAGGUAUGUAAGCCAAUUAUCUCACAUAGUAGGGGAUUUUCCUGUUUAGAGGACCUUUUGUGUGAAUUGUUUCAUCAAGCAAAUAAUCAACUCCUUCUCUACUUUAGGAGUUUGGAUUGUCAAAUCUAGGUUUCCUUCAUAAAGGGGGCACAUAACUACAUAUUGCAACAAAGAACUAUGACUGUAGCACUAAAGGGCAAGCAUAGAGCCACACAGUUACUUAAUUUCUAACGCUCUGUAGUUUCUGGCCAGAUUCCGUUGACAUGCAUAGGUUACAGUCCUGAAGUUACCCACUGAACCCUUACCUUAAAAGUUUCUAAUCUUAAGUUUUUUGAAAUGCAAUAAUAUGUAUUAGCUAGCAAUACUUCUGUGAUCACCAGCAACUCCUACUUUAACCUUAAAGUCUCCGAAUAAUGAAAGUAGAUCCCAGCAGUAACACAUUUCUUGAACCGCCCCCCCCAAGUACAUUAUAUAGCUUCUCAUUUUGGUCCUGUGUUUGCAACAACGGUGACUAUUACAGUUCUUAGCUUAUUUUGUAUUCAUGUGUUUUACUAUGACCAGUAGUAAAUAUAUUAGUUAGUACAUGGGAUGAAUAGCAGCAACUACCCCUAGAAUCAGCACUUAACAAGGUGGGGAAUUUCUAUGUCAAGUUGUUCUACACUUGCAUAAAUUAUUUCUAUUAUUAUUCAUGUAUGUUAUUUAUUUCUGAAUCACACUAGUCCUGUGAAAGUACAACUGAAAGGAGAUGGCAUUAGGAUUUGCAUUUAAUGUUCAUUAUCAUGGUCUCGAUGGAGCGACGUAAAUUAAAAUUAGACUAAGCCCCCAAAUAAGCUGCGUGCAUUUUAACAUGAUGAGUAGAAUUUAAGUCUGUAGGUGUAGUAUUUUUGUGUCUAGAUGUUUUAUCAUUAUGUAAAGGAGUUAAAGCAAAGGACUUUGUAGUUCUUUUGUCAACUAUGCAUAUAGUAUAGCGUGAAAAUACAGCAAAAAAAAUUAAAACCAGAUAGAAAGCAUCAGAUACUGCCUUAAUUUAGGAACUCGGCCAGACAGCCGUCAGAGUAGAUGCCCGGCAGAGACAGGUACCUGGGUGGUGCCUCCUCGUAUCUGGCCUCGAGAAGAAGCUUCCUCCCUGCGAUCUCGUACCCUCAUAGGUAUCCUAUGCAGUAGUGGGAACAGGUAGUAACUGUUGCAAGGAGAACAGUGUGAGAGUUUUCUGUAGAAGCAAACUGUCAGCUUGUGCCUUGGGGCCUCCAGAAUGUGUCAGAUGGAGAAAUUCAAGUUUCCGUGCUUCAAGCAACGUGUUUUUGUACAGAAGCAAUUCAGUCUGGUAAUAAACACAAGGACUGGAUGUACAGUAGUCAACAGUGGAUGGUAACAACCAACAGUCCCCAACACCUCAGAAGCUUGUUGCAUUUCUGGUAUUUCAGGUUUUGAUCUGAAGGUUAAUUGGCAAGUGUUUGGUAUAGAAGAGCAGUACGUGUUAAGAAAAGCACAAUAUCGGUUCCCGUAGAGUGCAGAUUAGAACUAGAGGGUUUUAUAGGAUUACCAUGUCAGAGAUGUGUCAAUGCAUGUUUUCACUGUAAAAUGUAUUAGUGUAGUGUUUCUGCCUUCCCAUAGGGCUUAGGUAAAACUUUAUUCUAGGUUUUCAGCAAGGUUGUCCUACCAAGUAAGCUUUUUUUUUUUUUUUUUUUUUUUUGGAACUUUUAUAGUAGAAAAUGUGUUAAACGUAGGGAAAAAAAAACACCUUAUUUUGGACAUUUGACUUGUUGGUUUCUGUGUUUGAAAUCACGGUUCUGGAGAUGUAGAGAUUGUGCAUGCACAUGUCAGAUACUAAUCUAGGCUGUGUGAACCAGCCCAGGAUAACCAAUGUCCUCCUGUCCCCUUCAUCCUUCCUCCCUCCCGCCCCCAUCCCAGCCUGUCUGUGUGGUGCUCUUUAUCCUCUUCUGCCGCUCUUCGGGCGUCAGGGACACAAUGAGAGGGAGGCUUUAGGCAUCACGGGUGUGCCUGCUCAGGCUUGGCCACCACUAUUACUUGACCUUUGGCUGGGCACAGAGCGUGCUCACAACACCCAUCACAAAUGCCCUCCAGCAUGUUUGUGUGCAUCGUGAUUUUAAAACCAAGUCAUCCUACAGAGCAUUCAAUUUUGGCUGUGGUGCAAGGAGAGAAACUAAACAAGACUAUAAACCACAUUCCAGGCUGCUGUUUUCUAUCCAUCUACAGGCCAUAGUUUUACUGUAUUUCUUCAUACUUGAAACUCAUUCUGCUAUUUUAAUAUCAGGGUACAGACUUAUAAGGGUGCAUGUUCCUUAAAGGUGCAAAAUUACUCUCAUUCCGUUUGCUCAUAUUGCUACAGAAUGCUGUUUUGGUGCUUUGGAUUGAGCAGGUCAAAGAAGCAGUGUGGAAAUUCACUGCCUGGAACACAGUCUUACAAGAAUGUUAGCAGAUGGCUUGGUAGUAGAUAGUGCUUCUGCUCUUUUCUCCAUACACAAGGUUGAGAGUUACCACACUGGCCUGUCAGGUUCACCUGGGUAUCCUUUGUCACAGAGUACAGAAACCCUGUGCUCUCCCCAAAUGUGGGUGCGGUGCAGCUCUCUGAAAGCAGAGACCUUCCUAUGUGCCGGAUCAUUUAGCCCCCAAAGAAGAAUGGCCGUGGGUGUAGACAGGAGCAGAAUGGGAAGGGCUCUCUCUCGCUCUGGCGACCAUCCCUCCAAUACACAAAAAGCUCUCCUGGGGCAAAAAAAAAGAAAAAGAAAAAAGAAAGAAAGAAGGAAAGCUUAUCUGUAAAGUUACCCCCUUUUUAGCACCCUGAGCUAAAUGAUCUUGCUUCUUUACCCUUUAGGUAGAUGAAAAUACAGGUCAGUUUAUCUAGACUCUUCUCACCUGAAGAGGAAAAUAGAAAAGUAGAUUGUUUGUAUCAUGUAAAAUAUAUAAUCCAAGGACUACCAAAACUUACAUUAAAUCCCCCAUCACUAGCAGUCUGUUUUAAAAAGUAGCUCAAGGCAAAGAUUCUUUAUGAUCUGGACUACCCGAGGUCAGGGACAGUCAUUCUAGCAUGCACCUUACUCUAGGACUUAACUUGGAGAAUGACAACUGCCAGUGUUCACUCUGUGGCAAUGGCAAAGGUAACCUGUCAGAAAAUGCAGAGGGUUGCAGAUCACAAAUCCUUUGGAAACUGGAUGUCUUACUGGGUGCUAGAAUGCAAAUUUAGGUAUUUAUUGUCAGAUAAUGGAAUUCAUUGUUUUUUAAGAAUUCGUGUUGAAACGUCACUGUCCAGUUCAUUGUUUUCACAUAUGCACAAGCUAAAUUGAAGCAAAAAGAGAAUGGUUUGUAUAUUUGUCAUACCUUUUGUAUUUCUUACAAUAAAAAUAUUGGUAGCAAAUAAAAAUAAUAAAAACA